CAGGACGCACAAUCAAGGGCGGAUACUCGUUUUGUUCUCCUCCUUCACGGUUUGGUCCGACCGAGAGAGAGAGAUCGUGUUGUUUCGGGUAGCUACCAUCGGCAUACGGCAGCACCGCAGGUCGUUAACAGCUCCAACAGCACCAGAGGAGAGCGGAGAUUUGAAGAGCCCCUCCCCUCCCAAGGAACAGCCAGAGCGGGUAGAGUCCAAGCGCAGCCCUGUUGUCAGUUUCAGCACCACCAGCAGGGAAGAGCAGAGCUGUCCAAACAUCCAGCAGUUUGUGACCGCUAUCGUCGUCGGAUCAUCCACACAACACAACACCCCCAAGACAGCUAUAACCGGUAGUAAUCCAGCGGAAAAUAGCCUACAGCCACCGAUUGAGUGGAUAUUUUAUUUCAGAAUGGCGUCCAAAGGAAUGGGAGUUCUCCUUCUGCUCGGGAUUUUUGCUGUGACUGUCUCCCAGAUUUCUGCUUUCCCCACACCUGCCGAGGAUGAUAAAGCUGUAGUUUACAACAGACGACUGACUGAGGAGAGACCAAUCCAGGAGCAGAUUGCAGAGGCAGAUGAUGUGAAAUCAGCAGUGGAGUCUGCAGACACCAAACCUGCUGUGGAGCCUAAAGAGGUGAAGGAGGCGGAACCAGAGCAAGAGAACGAUGACUUCACCCUGCUCAAGUCCCUGGCCGAAGGUCAAAGGUCAAAAGAGACCAAUGAGACGCCGGUCAGAGAGAGCCUGGAGGAGGUGCCUUACUUCCCAGACGAAUCAGAUUCCACCAAGAACCGCCGGCUAGCCGAAGACUAUGACUCAACAAAGAUGGAAAACGGCAAGUACCAAGAUGACCCAGAGAGCUUCAGGCAGGUGGAUGGUACCCCUCUAACGGCUGAAGACAUCGUCCAGAAGAUCGCUACUAAGAUAUACGAGGAGGACGACAGAGGGGUAUUUGACAGGAUCGUCUCCAAGCUGCUCAGACUGGGCCUGAUAACAGACAGCCAGGCAGACAGUCUGGAGUACGAGGUAGCCGAGGCUCUUCAGGACCUCAUCACUAAGAACGCAAAGAACAAUGAGAUCGAGGACCUGGGAGGGGACUAUCCCGUGACCCUGGGUGACCAGGAUGACCAGAAUCCCGACGCUAGCAUGGAUGUUACUGGUUCCCCCAACCAUCGGUACGAUGAAGAAGAUGAUGAUGAAAAUCAGGCGGCCAUUGAUGACGACGUGGACAGAGGAGACGGGGAUGACACAGUGAAUAACAACUGGGAUAGAGAGAGUGAGAGAGAAGGGGAGGAGGAGGAGAGGAGAGAGGGAGAGAGAGAUGAGGGAGAAGGGGAGGAGAGGAGCGAGGGAGAGAGAGAUGAGGGAAACGAGUUGAGCCCAGAGGAUGGUCUUCAGGACCUUCAGUACUUCCCCAACUUCUACCGUCUGCUAAAGAGUCUAGACUCAGAGCAAGACGCCCAGGAGAGAGAAACUCUGAUCACUAUCAUGAAGACUCUGAUUGACUUUGUCAAGAUGAUGGUGAAAUAUGGAACCAUCACACCUGAAGAGGGAGUCUCCUAUCUUGAGAACCUGGAUGCUAUGAUCGCUCUGCAGACCAAGAAUAAGCUGGGGAAAACACUGGGGAUCCCUGGCAUCAUCCCUCCUACAGGGAAGACCCCAGAGGACGAUGACAACACCAAGGCAGAGGCGGCCAAGAUGCAGAAGGAGUAUGAGAACCUGAAAGACUCAACCAAGGAAGAAGCGCCGUCCACUGAGGCCAGAGAUCACCCAGGCAAGUCUGAGAUCUACUUGGAAGCCAUCAGGAAGAACAUUGAGUGGCUGAAGAAACACAACAAAGACGAGGGCAAAGACGAUCACCCAGGCAAGUCUGAGAUCUACUUGGAAGCCAUCAGGAAGAAUAUUGAGUGGCUGAAGAAACACAACAAAGACGAGGGCAAAGACGAUUACGACCUGUCCAAAUUGAGGGACUUCAUGGACCAACAAGUGGACUCCUACAUUGACAAGGGCAUCAUCGAGAAGGGAGAGGGAGAGACCAUCAAGAGGAUCUACGGCAGCCUGUAACCUUCAACCAACCUUCAAAUAACCAGCAACCAACCUUCAAACACCUACGACCAACCUUCAAAAAACCUAAUGGAAAUGUAUGACGAUUGAUAAACCUAUGAAUAGGGCCUAGAGUUGUUCCUGUUCUGGUAACAUGGUUUGGAAAAACUCCUGGCUUUACGACUCACUCACACUGAGCAGAAUCCAAACUUGACAAGAUGAUCCCUGAAAGUAACUGACUGAUUUUGGUGUGAAUUCUUGCCUUGAUGUCAGUGGGAGUUUGGAGGGAAAGUUUGAGUUCAGCGAGUGGAUCUCAAGUUAGGAUUCGGCCUCUAUGAGAUGAAAGGUAUGACCUUUAUGUAUUAAAAAGAAACUGUUUAGGCAAAAACAUAUUGUAUUUGACAUUUCCAGAAAGCUGGAAUGCAAUAAUGGUAAUAUUAUCACUGAAAGUAUAUAUUCAACUAUACAGCUAGAAAACAAUCAGCAAUAGUCCGAUGUCACUGAAUGGCACUGACUCGAUUGGGAAGGGGAAAUACAAUAGUUAUUCUGUCAAAUCAACUGACUGACUGAUCUAACUUACUAGAUGACAGCUUUGACUACCUUGAGGAGUGAAAUGUUGACCUACUGAGGGGGAAUGAGUGUUCAACCAUCCCAAUGGACACACACUGGUUGACUCAACGUUGUUUCCACGUCAUUACGUUGAACCAAUUUGGAAUAGACGUUGAAUUGACGUCUGUGCCUAGUGGAAAGGCUGUGUCCCAAAUGGCAUACUAUUCCCUAUUUAGUGCAUUAUUUUUGACUAGGCCCCAUAGGGCUCUGGUUAAAAAUAGUGCACUAUAUAGGAAGUAGGGUGCCAUUUGGCACAGAGAUGGGUCUGAUAGUAGAGUUCCAACUGUAGCUUUCUCAUAGAUUGCAGGUAAUAUGUAUGUCUUUGCAAUAGACUUUUGCAACAAGUACACAUAUAUCUAAAUGUAUUCAUUCUAUGUAAUCUGUCCUAUCAUAUUCUAAUUAUUUUUUUCAAUCCAGCAUCAAUGUAAAAUCUAUUGUAUUAAGGCUUUUAACUCAACCAAAAACAGCUGUGUUGUCCAGUAUCAUUUCAGCCCUGUAUGUCCAUCCUCUCCUCUUUGUUCUGGGGUCAUUUCUUUGGGGCCCUGCAGGGGGCCCUGUUUGUGUCAUUUCCAUCUAUCUGAUUUGGGUAGUAGUGGGAAGUUGCCUCUAGAUGCUGAUCGUGGAUCAGUUGUACAUUUUCCCCACUAAUGGUAACGGUUAGGAUUGUGGGAGGACAAGCUGAUCCUAGAUCUGUCCCCACCUUCUAUAUGUCUCAGUAUAUUCAACAUGUAUACUACCACUCUAGACACAAAAUUAAGUAUUUUUAAAUGUAAAUAUUUGUGAUGUUUUUUCCAAAAAUGUAAAAGCAAUUAAAACAUUGCCUUUCUUUA